AUGGCAAAAGAUAAUCGCAUUGGAAUAUUAGACGAAAAGAAUAAGUUGAAACUAGCAGAAAGAGAUGGUGCGGGUUAUUUGUUUGGGCAAAUUCUGAACAAGAAAACAUGGUUUGAAAAGCUGCUAUCAGAGGAGUCUUCAUCAGAAGAUAGAACAAAUAAUUUCGGUAAGGAUGCCAUGAUGGAAGAUUGGGUCAAGCAGUUUGAGGACAUUGUUGGCUCUCAGGACAUGGAAUCUAUUGUGGAGACCAUGAUGCGGCAACUUCUGUCCAAGGAGAUUCUUCAUGAACCAAUGAAGGAAAUAGGAGAAAGAUAUCCAAAAUGGUUGGAAGAGCAUAAAUCUAGCUUAAGCAAAGAAGACUAUGAUCAUUAUUCACAUCAGUAUGAACUAAUACAGAAUCUGAAUGAAGUCUAUGAAAAUGAUUCUGAAAACUUCACCAAGAUUGUUGACCUCAUGCAUAAGAUGCAAGAAUGUGGACAACCACCGAAUGAUAUUGUCCAAGAGCUUGCUCCCGAUUUUGAUCUAGCCAAUCUUGGCCAGAUGUAAACGUUCUAUCCCAUCUUAUCUUUUCUCUGAACU